AUGACUGAAGGGAAUUCUAGCAUCUUCCACUUGGCCAUCUUCUUGGUGUUAAUACUUAAGCUCAGAGCCCAGUUCCCUGAUGGAAAUGAAGUCUUCAGUAACAGGUCAAAAGCCAAUUACACUGAUGUUCCCAAAGACAUCUCGCUGAAAACAACAAUCCUAGAUGCGUCACAAAAUUGUUUCUCUCAACUGCAGGCUUCUGACUUCUCUUCACUAUCAAAGCUGAGGAUUUUGAUCCUUUCUCAUAAUAAGAUCCAGUCUCUUGAUACCAGUAUUUUCAAAUUCAACUUGGAAUUGGAAUACUUGGAUCUGUCCCACAACCAACUGUGGAUGAUUUCUUGCAACCCUACUGUAAACUUCAGGCACUUAGACCUCUCAUUUAAUGACUUUGAUGUCCUACCCAUCUGCAACGAGUUUGGCAACAUGUCUGAACUAUCUUUCCUGGGAUUAAGCGCCACACGGUUGCAAAAAUCUCCUGUACAGCUAAUUGCUCAUCUGAAUAUCAGUAAAGUUUUGCUGGUCUUAGGAGAACUUUAUGGGCAACAUGAAGACUCCGAGAGCCUCCAGGACUUAAACACCAAGAGCCUACACAUUGUUUUCCCCCCACACAAGGCCUUCCAUUUUGUUUUGGACGUAGCAGCCAGCAGCGCCGUCAAUUUGGAGCUGUCUAAUAUCAAGUGUGUGCAAAAUGAGGAUGAACAGUAUUUCUUCAGUGUUCUGUUAAAGCUUCAAAGGAAUCCAAGAUUAUUAAACCUGACCAUCAACAACAUCAACACCACCUGGAAUUCGUUCAUUAGGAUUCUCCAGUUGGUUUGGCACACCUCCAUCGAGUAUUUCUCCAUCACAAACGUGGAACUGAAAGGUCAAGUUGACCAGAGAGAGUUUCAUUACUCUGACACUUCACUGAAGGCCUUGUCUGUUCACCAAGUGGUCAGUCAUGCCUUUUAUCUCCAACAGGAUUAUAUUUACAGCAUCUUUUCAAAUAUGAACAUCCAAAGCCUCAGAGUAACUGGCACACGAAUGGUACACGUGGUUUGCCCUCUCCGAGUUAGUCCGUUUGUGUAUUUGAACUUCUCCAAUAAUCUCUUGACAGAUGCAACUUUUGAAAAUUGUGGAACCUUGACUAAGUUGGAGAUCCUUAUCUUAGAAUUGAAUCAAUUAAAAGAGCUGGCCAAGAUAGUUCAUAUGACCAAGGACAUGAAGUCUCUACGAAAACUGGAUAUUAGCCGGAAUUCUCUCGGGUAUGAAACUGGAAUAAAUUGCUCUUGGACUAAAAGCUUAUUAAUUUUGAAUAUGUCUUCAAACAUACUGACGGACUCUGUUUUCAGAUGCUUACCUCCGAAGGUCACAGUACUUGACCUUCACAAUAACAGAAUAAAGAGCAUUCCUAAAGAUGCCACCAGCCUGGACGCUUUGGAAGAACUGAAUGUUGCUUUCAAUUCCUUAACUGACCUUCCUGGCUGUGGCAGACUUAGCAGCCUUUCUGUACUGAUCAUUACCAACAAUGCCAUUUCCCAGCCGUCAGCGAAGUUCUUCUCCAGUUGCCAGAGGAUGAGGUCAGUGAAAGCAGGGAACAAUCCAUUCCAAUGUUCAUGCGAGCUAAGGGACUUUAUCAAAGGUAUCAGUCACAUGUCAAGUGAUGUGGUCGAGGACUGGCCUGAGUCUUAUAAGUGUGACUACCCAGAAAGCUACAAGGAAACUGCGCUACAGGACUUCCACAUGUCUGAGUUAGCCUGCAACACAACUCUGCUGAUUGUCACCAUUGGCAUCAGCAUGCUGGUGCUGGCUGCUCUUGUGACCUUUGUCUGCGUCUGCUUCGAUCUGCCCUGGUACCUCCGGAUGGUGUGUCAGUGGACCCAGACCCGGUACAGGGCUCGGAACAUCCCUUUAGAAGAACUCCAGAGAAAUGUCCAGUUCCACGCGUUUAUUUCAUACAGUGGGCAUGAUUCGGCCUGGGUGAAGAAUGAACUACUGCCAAACCUAGAGAGAGAAGGCUUACGGAUCUGCCUCCAUGAGAGAGACUUCGUGGCUGGCAAAAGCAUCGUGGAAAACAUCAUAAACUGCACUGAGCAGAGUUACAAGUCCAUUUUCGUUUUGUCCCCCAACUUUGUCCAGAGUGAGUGGUGCCACUAUGAGCUCUACUUCGCCCACCACAAACUCUUCCAUGAAGGAUCUCAUAACCUAAUCCUGAUCUUGCUGGAAUCCAUCCCACAGUACACCAUUCCGAGUAACUAUCACAAGCUCAAAACUCUCAUGGCAAGGAAGACGUAUCUGGAAUGGCCCAAGGAGAAGAGCAAGCACGGGCUUUUUUGGGCUAACCUAAGAGCUGCCAUUAGCAUUAAGUUGACGGAACAAAAGAAAGAGAUCGUGUAAACUUUUCAGUGUUGCUGCCUUGCACUUUUCCAACAAGUAUACUUUAUUGGUCUUAAUAUGAAUCUGACAGAAUUUUGAAUAUGUGAUGUAAAUAAAAUGUGCCCUUUAGUGGUCCCCAGCUAACCAGGUAUAGGAAGCAAUAAGAAGCAGGGGCUGGUCUGUCUUGGCAGAGAGGGGGAUGUCUGCCUAAGAUCACACAGCUGCAAGCAGAUAGGCUCUUAAGUGCUCUCGUUCAGCCCCUCUUUGUCUUUUUCUUGGGUUGCUGGGAUUUGAGCUUUCACUUGGGGCAGGCAAGAGUCACCAGCCCAUUAGACGAUAAUCAUGAGAUCACAAGUAUUUCAGGACCACCGAUCUGCCUGCCUCUGGCAAGGGGUCUGAGGGUCCCUGCCCUUCCCUCACAGACCAUGCCACUGGCUGCAACUGCGUCGCUGUUUGCAGUGUUCAAGGUAUGAGGCACCCAUCCCCUGCCUGGUGAUGUUCACCAGUUCAGACUGUCACCUAUUCACAGCCUCUCCAUAAGCUGCCCUUGGCCAGUAGGAAGCGUUAGCACACAGUCACUUUCUUGACUGGGAAGCCACCCCCACUCCAGGGACUAUGUGAGCUCUAGCUGGAUCUCAUCUCUAUUUUCCUAAUGUUUGUGUGGACGCCGUGAGGCCCAGUCACCUUGGGAGAGUGGACAGGUCACGGUGCCAGGAGGUUGACUGUUCACCACCAGCUGCUCCACUGGAGAAAGAUAAGGCUUUCUGCUCCUGUAAAGCGUUAGGGGCUCAGAUGCACAGGGGCAGUGCAUUGUCCUAUAGGACAAGGUAUUGUCCUAUGACAAGGUUGCCAUGACUCAGAAUCAACUGGAUGGCAGUGAGUGUUUGCUUUUAAGGACAUACUGCUACAUAUUUUAUGCAAACUGGAUGGUGAUAUAGCUAAAGUUUAUUGUGCCAACCUGGCCAGUAAACACAUGUGGGGUUAAUUGAAGGGCGGAGAGAUAAAUG